GAACAGUUCCUGUCAGGAGGAAUUCUUAAUGCAGUGAGAACAGAAGAGGUGACCAACACAUCCUAAUAUUUUUAUAAAUCAAAUUUCCUUAUAGCAGCUUCUUAAUGAAAAGCUGUCUAAGCAUGUCGAUAUUCCAUGUAAUAUUUAGUUUCAGUAUCAACGUUUCAAUAUUUCCCCCCUCGCCCAUUUGAUUUAAAAAAGCGCUAGAAAGACAACAGUAAAAAUGAAGGAACUAGAAAGGAGGAAACCAAGGGGUAUGGAGCCGAGAGGUCAUGGGGAAAAGUGGGGGCGUCCAAAAAAGGAGGGGUUUUGAACAGGAAGGGCCAAAGAAGGGGAUAAGAGGGAGGAGAGCUUUAAAGGACCAAGGGACCAAAGGAAGGAACCAAUGGAAAGGGGUAAGGUGUGAGGGAACGUCGGGGUUUUGCUUGAAGAGGAAUUUAGAAUCCCACUGAGUUUGAGCCGCGAGGAGAGGGUUAUAGUUUUGUAUUAUCUUUGUUUUGGUUCGUGUUUGGUUUCCUCCUUUCCCACCCCCCGGGUCAGUUGAUCGCUCAAGCAUGAAACAGUUCGAAACAUGAAAGUGUCGCAAGGUUUUAACCAACUGACAUGUAGAGCGAUCUUCUCCACCACGGAUGAGUGACACAUUGCAAGUCAUUGAACUGAACUUCGUUUACCUAUUUCAGUUAGAAUGAUUGUUUAAGGAUUCGUGUUCACUAUUGGCUUCUUAGUUCUUAACUCUUGUUCAACUUUUCAUCAGGUGAUGAAUGAAUCAUUUCUGCCACUCGUCGGUGAAAAGCAAACCAAAUUUGAACACGAGAUCGACAAAAUGGAGGUAACUUGUUUUGUCUUAGAGAGUUCUGAAAUUACAAAGUAUGUUAUUCGUCUUUCUUAUCUACUGAAAGAUAGUUUAUUAAAAAAAAACCUGUUUCCAUUUGCAGCGCUCUUUGGAAAACUUGUGCAAUUUUCACGUCAUGAUGAUCAAAUCUCUGUUCAAGUUUGUACAAGGAGCCGCACAUUUAUGGGACUUACACGAGAUCGGGUUGGCUCGACAAGAAAGAAACCUUCAGGUAAAACAAUAUUGUGACUAGUUAUCAUUCAACUACUGUUAUAAGUGUUCUUUUCAGUCGACUGCAUCUAAAACGCGAUCCAUAAAAGCGACAGGCUUCGAAAGAUGUCCUUUGCCAUAUUAGAAAGUUAACCCAAUAUUUUUUGAGGUCGUCAUGUGCAAAAUAAAUAAGACUUCACUUCACAAUCCUCGAUCGUUUUUGGUUUCCUCGUACCGCCUGAGUCUCCUAAUAUCCCGUGUUGGUUAUUACGCCGGUAAAUCGAUAGAAAUUGCCAUCUCUACUUAAUACAACUGUUUAACCCUUUAACUCCCAUGAGUGACCAAGACAGAAUUUCUUCUUAUAAUAUCAGUACAAUAUCAAGCAGACAAGUGAUGAGAAUAAAGAAAAAUAUAAUUAGGAGAUUAUAAGUUGAUCCAAUCCCAAAUUUUUCAAACUAAAAUCACAAGGAUUGUAUGGCAACAGUAAGGAGGAUUACUAAUGAGAUCCUGGGUGUUUAAGGGUUAAUAAGUUAAAAUAUGUGCUCACAUCUUUUGGGAAGGGUUUUUACGCUCUGUGAAUUUAAUAUCUAGACAUGUCCUUUUCAGGAACUGUUGGAGAAGAAUCGUAGAGACCAUGAUGGUGCGAAUCAAGUGAGUGAAGAUUUGAAAUAAAGCGGCGUAGCAGUAUUUUAGAACGCUGGCUUUGACAUCUGGAGGUCCUAUGUGCAAAUCCUCUUGUAUGUCACUUAGCUGGAUUUGUUUCUAGAUAUAUCCCAUCUCAACUACUACACUGCACCUUCAGAGCAUGCCUCCAAACAGCUUGAAUUUUUAUUAUUUUACGUUAUCUUUUAUCUACUUGGAUAUUUUCUUAUUGAGACUUUGAUUGGCAAUGCUAAUUAGUUUACCUGAGUCGGAGUAACUUCUGAAGAAACAUGGAAUUUUCAGUUGACUUGAAACCUUCCUAUCCGAUAGUACAGUUAUAUGUAGUACAGUGAGGGGGGGGGGGGGUAGUUAGUUACAAAACGGACCUUUGCUACCCCGGUGGGACCAUCGUUACGCAGACGGGACGUUUGGUACCCCCACCGGGACCCUUCUUUCCCCGGCAGAGCUGUUCGAAUGCGUAAGAUCCCAAGCUGCAGUGAAUUCACGGAGAGCUAGAGGAUCGUAGAGAUCCAAAUGUACAUGACACCUGUGGUACAGGAAAUAUCGCUUGGAUAAGAAACGCUGAAAGUUGUCUACUGAUUUCGAUAAUAUACCAAGUCUGAGGGUCAGAACUAAAUUUGUUGUUUCGUUUCGUGCUGCCAUAAAUCAUUUUCUCGGCAGAAGCAAACAAAUAACAGAUGAUGAAUUGAAAUCCAAAAUUAUUAGUUUAUGAGCAUGGCCAUUUCCGUAUAAUCUGCCAUAUGGUUUUCACCGCAGCUUUUACAUUUCCACGGGUCGCUUGUUAUCGAGAAGUGCCUUAGUUUAUAAUAUGUAGGUUAACCAUUUGUUUUUACGUUCUGUCAUUACCGUCAUUAGGUGAAAGAAGCCAAUUUGGAUAUCAUUAUGGACAAAAUGAGACAAGAUUCAAGUGAACAGGUAGAAGUCUCCAAAUCGAAUAAUUUGUUCUAGUACGAAAGGAGACGUCCUUACAUUAAUGACCAGACGAGAAAACAGGGGUACAUCUGUUCUACUUUUGUGCUAAUCUCGUUUUUUCAUUUGCCUUCCACCGUUAGGCAUUAACAGAUAGUCUGAAAAAAGCGCUUUCAGCUCUGGAUGAAAUAAAACAGUUGUAAGUAUGAAAAAAACAAAACAAAACGAAAAAUCAAAAAGUCACCGCUUCUUUUAGCCCUGGUUCUCGAAUGUAAAAAAUUAAUUCUUAUUUGCAGGUACAACGAUUUCCACGCCCUUGAAAUGCGGACGUCAGGGUCUUAUCCCGAUUUAGUCGAAGAAGAACUGAAGAAAUAUGACGGUGAAGUGUGCAAGUAUUUCCAAGUGGACAGGAGAUCAUCAAUGGUCAGUUUGUCGGAAAAAAUCUGUUGAAGAUUUUUUAAAUUAUUGCAACUUUUUCGGUAAUUGCAAAAGCAAUUCCUUCUUGGUGUGCCUGAUGUGGUUUCCGAUUCCGGGAACCAUGGAACCUCAAAGACCAUUUUACCAUCUUACAGAAAUGCAAGAAUAAACUUUACUGUCUGUUAUAUGAAAUGUUAUAUAUCAGAGAUCUUGAGCCAGUACUCAACACUUAAUCAGACUCAACUAGACCAAAACUGUUUGUUUGAUUAACAUAGUUUCCUAAGAGUCACAUGUUUUCUUAUCACUUAAUGUAUUGCCACCUUAUGCCUAUAAUUAUAGAUCCUUUAAUAAUGCAAAAAGUAAGCAGCACAUUAACUUGAAAAAGAAAUUCAACGAUAUCAAAAAGUAUUUUUCUUUUGCUAACAUUUCAGUAUUACUGAACUAAUCUGAGUGGUCUAAGCUUUAGUUAUACGUUUCGGUUACUUACUCUGAUUUCGUUGUAGUCUGAAACUAAACCAAAGAGGAAAGAUUUCAAGUCUGGGAAACCAGAGCAGAGCAAAGCAAAGAAGGUACUCUACGAAUUUAUCUUUGAUGGUUAGUCUUCUCGUCCAGGACAGGGUAGUUAUAAAAAGUAGUUAUGAAGAAUUAGAAUUGUCUCGUCUUCAAUCGUGUGCUAGGGACGCAACGUUUCGUGCGGUCCUUUAUUUCUUCUCAUCUCUUUCAGACUGGUGACCAUAUGAAAACAGUGGUUCGAGUGAGAGUUAGGCGUCAACUUUCUUUCCCGUCAAAUUCAUUUCGUAUUUUAGGUCAUUUGCUAUUUUUUCUGAAGCGGACUUUUUACAAAUCCCACAACCCCCCCCCCCCCCCUUUCCCUUCCCUGGGCAGAAGAUUUCCUUCUCUCAUACUUUGUAUACUUUCUGUUACUGUUAGAAAACGUCUCCUGCGCAGACCAUCGAAGAUGUACUCACAACUUCGAACGGCACCACGUUCUAUAUUCUGGUGGAGCCAGGUGAACACGGCCUGCUUGGGAGCCCGGAGAGUAUUAAGAGUAUGAAGACGUGUAUAACCUUUAUUACGGAUACACAAGGUACCAGUUGCUAAGUGAAAGCUAUUGCUGAGUGUGUCAUAUGCUUUAUCGUUAUUUGCGUAGGGUUGGUUACAAUUUCAUUUAAUUUUGAUGUGUUGUAAAGUGUCAAAUAAAAAGCGAGUAUUUCCCCAUAUGAAGGAGGAAAGUGUUCUGGUGAGACAUGAAGAUUUCCCAAUAAAAUGCACUUCUAGAUGUUUGGCGUGACGACUUCCUGAUUAUCUUAAGCAGUCCUGUUCUCGUAGAUUGCAGGGUCUACAACCAACACCUGCCUGCUUUUUUUUUCUGCCAAAGCUAAAAUCUGACAACCGCUUCAUAGAUUCUUGGUUUUACGACCCUUGUCCCUCCAUGUGUGAAAUGAAAAAGAGCAUAACUAUACCGAUAAUUUUGUUGUCUUUUGUAGAAGAGGACGAAGAAGAAGACAUUGUACCGCCUUAUAUUGAGGCCAUCGUGAUCAAGGAAGAACUUUUCUUGGAUCUCAGAAGACAGUAAGAGAUUGACUAUGCACUUUUCUCUACCAAAAUUUUCAAAAAAUGGAAAAAGAGAGGAGAAAAAAAUUCGUUCUUAAUUUAAACGAAAAGCGUGGGCGAAAACUUUAUGGAAGAAUUUAGAAAUGCGAGAGGAAAUCUGCUGAAGUUCUAUGUGAAAUUUAUUCGGAAAACGCAUUUAAUGAAUGACUGCCUCUUUUUGUCGUUGUUGAAGGAGGCAUUCAAAAUGUUAGGUUGGGGUUCAUGAGUUGAAUGUAUUAUUCUGAUUGGCUGUCAUUUUCCCAAGUUACUAUCAAUUUUCCGAUCACUCGUAACUAGUACAAUUCAUUUUGGGCGAUAUGGGGUCUUAAGCGUUUCGAAAAGAGAGAAAUGAAUGAAUAAACGAAUGUUACUGGAGACAUUAGAAGGGUUUGUGUCCAAUUUUUUCCCUUUUCGUAACGAUCAGAAAUCUCAAAAACAUAGAUGGAGCACUAAGUUGAAUUGAAUAAACGGCACGUUGUAGUUUGCUGUUUUAUUGCAUCACAGCAUAAGAAUGGAGUUCUUGGAACAUCUCGAGGAAUGGAAAUUCAAGCCAAGGACAGAGCGAACAGUGUUGUAGCGGCUAAGGUGAGUUGAAUAAAGGAAUAUUUAGUGUGUUAAUUUUCGGUAUUCCCGUCGUUAGGGUUUGAAAUCUGCACUGAAGUUCUUGUUAUGUCCUUGGAACAUCACUCAGUGAUGCGUGUUGAAUGGAACGUGUUUAGUUUAAGCCAAACUCAGGACAGAGCGAAGUCUUACGGACAUCAAAGGCACUUUAAGGAGCAGUUGAAUUUUUUUCCUUUCAUGAGAUACUCGUUUUAGUGUUUGUGAAUUUGCAUAAUUUUGUGAUCCUCCUUCGUAGAACUCUUUCUGAUUUCGGAUAUGUGUUACCAAAUGCAAGAUUUUAUCUCCAAGACCCGACAUGACUGCCGAACGAUCUUGAUAACAGAGAAGAAUGUAAAUGUUACCGGUCCGCUUUUAGGGCACAUUUCGAUUAAGUGUCCUAAUACUAAAAAGAAAAGCCAUGUUAUCGGCGAAGAUGAAAAAAGGUUGAUAUCCCAGGGAACUAAUCAGAGAUCAGAGUACCUACAUCAGUAAGGCCUGAGUCGCGGCAAAAAUAAAUGCGAUUGUUACGUCGCGAUUGACUGGUGUGUUCUGAUUUCUAUCUGAUAGACCAAUUACAAAGCACGGUGAAACAAAACCAAUACGCGCAAGCCUGAAGCAGGCGACAUUCAGUUGCUCUAGUUAGAAAAGGUUCCUGAUGUAAAUUUUUACAAUCUCUUUGCAGGUUGAGGAGUUGAACAGCGAGUUAGAUCUACGACUUCAUCUACAUGAGCCAAGGGCAUCCAGAGCUGAGCAGGAUGUGCAUAAUGUUAGAGCAGGUUCGUCCAGCGUAAUCCCUUUUAUACCUAAUCCUUUAUAUUAUAGACAAAGUAACCCUGCCAGGGUUUGGACACGGAUAAUUUGAUUGGGUGUCCAGCACCUAACCACUAUGCCCCUCAGAGUGCUUCUACUUAGAUAAUUACAUAAAAUAGUCGACUCUCACUGGCUGACACUGCGUUAUAGCCGUAAAAUACCUCUCAGGAAUGUAUGGGCAUUGUGGCCUUAAAAUGUACCGAAGGUGUUCCCUGUAUCUAGGGCUGAAUGUAGUGGAAACGUUAGCGAGCAUCUUUAGUUCUUUCGGGGUUCAUCGGGUAGGGUUUGGCAUUUUGCAGAUUCUUGAGGGAAGUACGCGAGCUUCACUUCACCAACUGUUCCUUCGCGCAUCUUCGCACAUCUUUAACUAAACGCGUAAGCUUACUGUGUGAUCUUGUUUUUUGCAGCGGAAUUGGUGAUGCAUCGAGAGCGGGUUGAACGCCACUGUAGAGGAGUUACUACGUCGUUGAACGAGUUCAAAACCAGGUUCCAACAGAUGGUCGAAGAACAUGAUAAAGAGGUAAGAUCGACUCUUAACCGUCAGCUAGCCUAUGAGUACGUCACUAGACGUACUUUGACGUCACUAGACGUACUUUGACGUCACCAGACGUACUUUGACGUCACUAGACGUACCUUGCCGUCACUGGACGUACUUUGCCGUCACUGGACGUACUUUGCCGUCACUAGACGUACUUUGCCGUCACUAGACGUACUUUGACGUCACUGGACGUACUUUGCCGUCACUAGACGUACUUUGCCGUCACUGGACGUACUUUGCCGUCACCAGAUGAAUUUAGCGGUAACUAGACAUACUUAACCGUCAAUCCAUUAACUUCAAGAAAUGAUAACCGUGAAAAUUCUCCUUACGAAUUAAAUUCAUCACCCUUUUAGAGGGUCACCGGACCUGUUAAUCGACAAUGGAACAACUUGAUGAAAAUCAUGAACUAACUCCAAUUCAUAUCUUUUUUCUUUUCAGACGGACAUUUUUAAACAUUCUGUUCAAGAACUCGAAGCAACAUUUACAUCUGCGACUAAAACUCACGAGUACGUACAUUUGCAUUUAUUUCAAAGUAUUAAUGUAUGUCCUAAGGUGUUUCUGAUUACAUUGUGUUGUGUAGUAAUUAUUGCUGUCCUGCAGCUGUAGUUAUCUCUUUGGUUUAUCCUUUUCCUUUUUCUUCUUCGAUAUUGAUUUUUUUAUGUCGUAAAGUACCUGUUAAAGUCUAUGGAUUCAUGAGGCAUCUAUAUAUCUAAGCCCAUCGCUCCUCUUGGGGCAUAGGCCGUCAACAGCAGUCCGCCAGAGACCAUCCUUUCUAAUUGGCUCCAUGAGUGGCCGGUUUUUUUGAUGUUAACUUCGAGGUCACGACACCAUAUGUUCUUUGGUCGCCCUCUCUUUCUCUUACCCUGGGGAUUCCAGCGGAGGGCCUGUCUUGUGACGCUUGAUGUUGAUUUGCGAUGGUUGUGCUCUGAGGGAUGGGGCCCACCCUUCAUGAGGCAUGGCUUGACUAAAAACAACCACAGCGACUUCAAACAUAACAAAAAUACACCCUAUACGUAGGUCGGGAGUUUCAGUGCCGAUUUCAAAGAUUUGAAAGAAUGUUUUAUCGUUUUUCUAUCAGACUCUUGGUGAUUCAAGAUCAAGUAACUGGGCGAGUUGAGCAAGUAAGGUCUUCUUUUUUAUCGCUAAUGUAGAUGACUCAACAAGGACAUCUGUAAAAGUUCAAUUGAAAUUCUACACUACGAGAUUUUCUUGGCAGGUGUUGCUGACAAGUUGUCCUUGCUUGUAAAAAGUUAUCUUCGUCAGGCUCUCAGAUCUCGCUAGGGUAAAUUCGCCUUCGCACAAAACAAGGACUCACAUACUGUUUUCGGUAGAUCUGGGCUUUGAGCAAGUCUUAUCCAAACGCUGGUUUUUUUUUGUAAUACAUAUGGCUCAAGAUUUAAACAACACACAAUAACACCAGAAAAAACAGAGAUAUUAAUCUUCUCCACCCGUACUCUGUUGGUCAUACCAGGGGUCUGUAUCCAAAAAAUCAUCCAUCAAAUUUACCAGGUACUGAUUCUGUUUGAAUUGUGUUCGUAGUAUAUGGAUGUGAUCAGAACGUCCCUCAGAAAGUUCCGUCACGAUCUGGACGAUAUGUUGAGCACUCUACGGAAUUCAAAUGCAAGAUUCAGGAAGACGUUCAAGUAAGCUUUCCAUGAUCCAUGUAGUAAAGUUUAGCAAGAGAUUAAGUACCAUGCAAUGUAGUUCUUGCAUUGAGCCCAAGUUGAGACUUAAGUGUAGAGAGACACAGUUAAAGUGAGUGCGCUUUACUUUAUCAUGGAGAGUCAUUUGUUUUAAGUGUGAGUCUGGAAUCCGUGUUAAUCUUCUCUGUCUUCGUUUCUUACUCGCUAAUUUGUACCUUUAGUGCUUUUCUAUUCGGCUUUGUUCAUUUUUUGUGGUUUCUACCAAUUUGACGAGUAAUAAACAGCAAAAACAGUUAGCGUGACAUCGUGAAUGAGCUAACUUGUGUUUCAUUGUUUUUGUUUUUGUUUCUUUUUUGUAGGGUAUUCUCUGAUGGUGGAAAUUUUUCGACGGAUGAAGUAGAUGAGUACAGAAAGAAACUAGUAAGUACUUUUGCUGGCAUCAGUCUUCUUUCUAACGGGCUCUCUCUUUCUUUGGUAGUAUUGAAUCUUCACUGUCAUUGCAUGACUCUUUCAGGAGCGUAUGGCGAACAAGAUCGACUCGUCUGAAGGAUCUUUCAUGGCUGAAUUAGAAGGAAUGGAGUCCAAAAGAUUAGAAGCAGCAUAUGACUAUGCUGGCAAGCUGGAGGACAGGUAGAAAAUGGAUAGUAAAUUUAUAAAUUGAAUUAUGAGGGUCCUACUCGGAAACUCUUCUUCACGGUCAUAUAAAUCUCCACUGUCGUACUUGAGUGUUUUUGGCCGAGUAUUAUCUCUGAAUAUCACCGUUAGAAUUUUAAGUAGUUGGAGCUGGGACUCAAGGUAUUGUGAACUCAUAUCUCGCCACACGUGAUCUAUAGGUCGUUUCCUUUCAAAUAUACUCUGCACUGAGGUUAUUGCAAAAUCUUCCCACUAGAUAUCUAUCUUAUAGGUACGUAAUUUGGUAAGAGAAACGGCGGAGGUAGAGAGGCGUCUAUAUGUUUUUUUCGUAGCAGCAACACCUUUGAAAGUCAUCAUGACGUCUGCUUGCACCUUUUUGUGGAUUUUACUACGUAUUCUUCCGUGGAAAUUGGUCCUUGAUAUUUUACGGGGAAAAAAAGGUUGAUCUCUGUACUUGGUUACGGUAAAGUGACGAAUUAUCCCUUUAGGGAGGUUCCUCUAUUUUAAGAAAGGGAAUCCGCGAUUUUUUUAUUUGAAUGCUAUAAUUAAGUGGAAAUGAUGCGCAGUGAGAAUGUGUAGUGAAUUAUUACAGAGAGAUCUCAAUUCAGUCUAUAAGGACUGCCAAUCUGAGAUUUGGCCGCGUUUCUUUGUGCUUCGUGCUGUAUAGAACUUUUGUUCUGGAACAGUGGUUUUAAGUCCCUAAUCUGUUCGUUUAUCAAUGGUGUUUGCUCUGAUUUUUAGAUUUAAAAAUCAUUUGUUUGACUUAACAUUCAUGGAAAAAGUAACGAGGUGGCUCACAAACACGCAAGUCAAAGUCAAAAGUGAGGUAAGCUAUUGACUAAAAGUACACUUGUUGUCAUGAGAACUCGCUUGUUUAAUAAUUUUUCACUCCCCAUAGACACAAACCUCGCCCUGCAGUCAAAUGUCUAGCUUUGAAGUACCUGUCUUGUAUUUCAGGUCGCAUUUAGCAAUUCUCAAGCGAAAAAGCUCGCCAUUUAUUUGUCCACCUUUGAACGUCACAUUGAUGCAGUUGAAAAACCAAAUCUUGACAAAGAGGUGAGUUCUUUGACGACAGUUUAUUGGUUAUAGAACCGUUCAGUGUCAUUUGCGUUACUUGCACGAUAUUGGCGAUGCAAAGAGAAAGCGUCAGUUCAAACGGAAGAAUGUAACGUAGAAGCCUCAAAGUUCCCCUCUAUUGUCUGAAAACAAGCUGGGGGUUUAUUGGCCGACCAAUCAGAAGCAAGCAAGUAUCACUAAUUAUGGAACUAGAGGUUUGAGCAUUGCUGUCCUUCACCAACAACCACAACCGAUUUCAAUGAGGCAUUGGAAAGGUUAAAUGAAUGAAAGUAAAAGUCAUAAUCGUUAUCGGAAAGCACUGAAUAAGUUGUGGUAAAAUUUAUUUCUCUACUGCCACUUUUUUGUGGCGGUCGUUAAAAGUGGAAUACCUAUGAAACCAGAGCAUUACUUUGACGCUGUUAGCUGAAAAUGACUUACACUUGUAAAAUCAACAGUCGAGAAAAAGCCUCUGAGUUUUCAAAGAGUGUAAACGAUACUAAAACGUUUAAAUCGAUGUGCUUUCAAAAGAGCAAGAAGGUCAAAAAUGUGAACGGCGUUCCUCCAAUUUACUCAGUAUUCUGUGGAGUUGUAAAAGUUAUGAAAGGAAGUUAGCUAAACUGGGGUAAAUAAAAUUUUCAAAAAAUAAUUUACUUCCUGACUCAACCGAUUUUAGAUUUUUGGCACGUGUCCGAUAUGCGAUUUUAAAAGCUAGUGUCCGAUUUUUAGAUAUUUGAAAGUAUUUGAAUUAAAUUAUGCCCAACAAGAUUACCUAGGUAGGCGCCAUUGACAUAUUUACUUUGCCAAUAUGAAUAGUGCACCAAUUAUGUUAGACUAUUUUAAUGGUGAUUGCAACUGAAACUUAAAGAGAACAUUGAACGUGAUAUUCUACACGGACUGUUUUUGUUAAUCGUCUUCCUCUGCAGCAAGUGACAGCUCGUGAUGUACAAAGCAGUUUAAUCCCGAUCCUCCAAACAUUCCAUGAAAGGUCAUUGUACUUGAAUUGUCUACUAAAUCCUGCCACGCCCAGUCUGGCGAUUCUGCAGGCCGGCCUCAAGAGAAAGGAGGAUAAGAAAGAUGAAGAAAAGAAGGAAGACAAAGGAUCGAAGGGAACGCUCAAGUUAGUUGGCAUCUGUUCAAAAUAUUUUCUCCUUAUAAUGUGUUUUUUUCCAAAUCUCUGCUUAAGAGGUCCAUAGAUUACUUCUCUGGGAUGUCCAAAAUAAAGAGACUUUUUUGACAUCACGAAAUUGAGCCCCAAUUUAUCAAUUAAUCUAAUCAGCAAUAGCGAAGGUAUAUAUUAUUUAAGUGGCUCGAGAAUAAUACAAGUGUCGUACGUGUGCUUGAUAGGAGAGAUUUCUUGGUAUACGUGGAUUCCGUUAUCCUUUUUUUUUGUAAUAUGCGUUUUUUCAUGCCAAAACAUUGUCAAUUUUAUGGAAAUCUUCCUUACUUUGUAUGCACUUUAGUUCUGUUAAGUCUUCCUUACUUUAUCAAUAUUUAUAGUGUUGAUCUCUGCUCUUUCUUUGUGUCCGGUGUGUGGUUCUUGCGCUGAUUGUGGUUUUCGUUCUAAGUUUUAAGCGCAGGAUCUUUAGCCCUCAUGUCAUUGGUGACCUUGCUUUAAUUCCCUGGCUUUAGGAAGAAGAUUUCUUUUCAUGGAACAUUAUUUCCCUCCUUUACCGCCUUCUUUCCCUCAUUUUUCACCGGAUGCUCACUCCAUCUCUUUCUUUUGCAUUACAUAAAGUUGAAGGUUGAAUAUCUUACUCCAGAGUCGUCGGGGUUUUGAUACACUAUCUCAGUUGUGCAGCGUGUGUAACCAUUUUCAAGUGCUCUCAGUAACAGAAAUCUCUGUAUCUCCUUUUGUGUUUUGCCUUCUCUUAUUCUUUCUCUCUGUUUCAUGUUCUUUCAAUCCUUUAACGUUCUCUACAGUGCUUCUCUCUGUACUAUCGUGGAGGAAGAACUUGAAGAUCUGUAUUCAGACUCCAGUGAGGAUGAAUUGUUAACCACGGCCCAGAGCGCGGUUGUAGGAAAGACGAUCUUGUCGUGGCGUCGUGUGUACAACUUUCCUUCUCCUGAAAAUUAUCGUCAAUUUGUUGAGAGUCCUUUGUCACCUACUCUGUCUGAAGGGAAGGUUUCUCCAAAGUAUGUCUCUGAAAUCCCUACUAACAAUCUCUUCCGAACUUCUUUAAUCAUAUUUCUUUCUUUUUGUUGAAGGUAGUCACUAUCUACCUAAAUUGUGUAACUGUUAAGAGUUGCAAUUGUAACCUUCUUUAAGCUAAAAUGAUUGUCUCCUAUUACUUUUGUUUUUGUUCUCGUUCUUUCUCUGUGUCUUCUCUGAAGUAUUAUUUGAACUUAUUUUGUAUCAUUAAUGAGAUUAUUUUCAGAGAAACUGUAUUUUGUUGCAUAUUGAGUUUUCACAAUGUAGAGAGGGGGGCGUCCGUGGUAUUAUAACAUGGCGCGGGACGACUAUUGUAGAAAGAUAGGACAUAAUCCUAGAUUUGUCAGAGCGUGCGCAUCUUCUUAAUCACUUGUACUGUGAUGCCAUACCAACGUUCAAUUCACUGAAAACGGUCAUUUGUUUACGCAAGAUAUUCUGAAUGAAAUAAUCCACGUUUGGGUGUUUAUCUGUAUAUAAUACUGUUCAAAAAACGCUUGAGUUAUUUUUGCCCUCAACAGGCCAAAGAAAAGCAAAAAAAAGAUUUCCCAGAAAACGGUAACAGAGAACACGGAGACUACAGAAUCCACUGAGACACAGAAUGGAGACGGAGUCAAACCCAAGAGUACUCGUAAGUAGCACUGAAUACGAACAUUCAGUGAUUUUGAUAACAUUAUAACGUAACAAGGUUCUCUAACUGAGGUUUUAAUUACAUUAUUUCGUUAUUUUUAGCAUCACUCUCAAGGGUAGCGAGGGCCACAGAUGGUGAUGGAAGACCAAAAACAGUCCCAGGAGAGGUAUUUUAAUUCACUUUUUGUACUAAAACUAUGCUAUUUUGACUUGUGAUUGAUCAAUGGGUAUAACUAUUUGAGUUUUGGUCAUUUGCUUUCAUUUCUGUUUUAGUUUUUUUAAUCCUCAGUAAACGUUCUUAGCUGUACUGGCAUGACUAGGUUGUUAAGUUGUAACAAAACCAACUCUAACCUUUCUUUUUACAUGCUUUUUCGAUGAUGGAUAGUGAAAAGAUAAUAACUAUCACAAUGUGUGGCGUGGCGUGGCACGGCACAUUCUAUGAGGGUUGUGUCAAGAACUGACCAUAAACGUUUUUAUUGAAAAGAGUAAGCCAGUUGUAGAGUGCAUUAAUGCUAAUUGUUGAUCGAUGAUUGUCUUUAGCUUAGCCACAAGCUUUCAGAUCAGGAUCUUAAGUCAAGACAAAGGAGCGCUGGGUGAGAAAAAUCAAAUUGUGUUAUUUCUUCAGAUUCUGUAUCUUACUUUCUGGUAUAUUGAUAUGAUUUCUCAAAGAAAAUAAAAUGUGGCUUUGAAGAAGCUUAGUUCAACGGUCUUCUGCUGCUUCAGUUAGUCUACAUUUACGUAUACCGACAGGAUGGAUGAUAGAAAAAAAAUGCUGUUUCACGCUAAGAGCAAAAAAGAAGCUCUGCAGAACGAAUGAGCAAUGAUGCCAAUGAUUUUGGUUAACGCAGAUGACAACUUUCUUCCUAUGAAAUGCGAAUUAACAUUGCGGUUAAAGAUGAACCAAUAACACAAAGAAACGCGAAACGUCUUUCGAAGUUUUUAUUGCUUGUGUCAAGUAAAAAAGCGAACGAUUCCUUCCUACCGGUAUUAAUGAUUUAAUGAUUCGAACAAAAAUUUAAACGGGAUGUCUCCAUUUAGGCACUAGCUGGUUUAAAUUGAGUGCCAUCACUACCGCACCGUGAUAUGUUACAUUACAGUUAUGUAUGUACGGUAGAAAAAAUUGAAAUGAUUGUCUGGUUCUGAAGGGAUUUCCAGGAGCAGUUUCAAAAAGGUACGUAAGGGUACUUGAUCAGGGAGAACACUCUUUUCUCUACAAAAAAGAGCCCCACUAUUUUUUGGAUCUUUGCAGUAGGGGUUCAUCACAUCAGACUCCUACUUCUAAAGUUACAUUUGUGUGUCAUAUUUCAGAUUAUCUAACAGAUUUAUUGUCCAUUUGUUUAUUUCUGAACAGUCGAAAAGUAAGUGCGUCUAGACGGGAUCCUUCGGGACCUAGAUACGACAAGAAAUACCUGGUGUUUGGUGAAAAGGUGGAAGAGGGAAGGUAUGAAUAUUAUUACCUGUAAAGUUUGUUCAGUCAGCCCGAAAUUCUUCAACAAAUAAGCUGAUGUUUAUAUCAUUUGCGUUUUAUUCGGGCUUUUCUCUCGUCUUUUUUGACAUAAUUUAUUCAAUGCUCUAUUUGGUGUCUGUAAUAAGGCACUAGUUUAGUAAAUUGUGUAACGUAAAAAGUAUAACGACACGAACCAAAUAGCCCCAAGUUGCCCAUGCCUCAAGAGCUCAUUACGGUUUCCGAAACAGUAUUGCUGCUGAGGUGUAUUUACAAGUGUGAUUUUGUCUCGUCCUAGGCACUUUAUGGCGCGUAUCAAAAACACAUUGAGGGAAGGCCUGGAGGGUUUAUUGGCUACUUCUGAGGUAUUUAUGAAUUUUACUCUGGCAUAUUUACUCGAAUCUUUAACAUUAACUAACAUUUUCCACUUUUGUAUUCAAUAAGAUGUAUUAUCGCCAGAAAGGCCAACGGACUCCAACGCGGCCCCAGGCUAUUCAUGAAAAUUUUGAUCUGUGCGCGGAAGCAUUGGUUCAGCGGUUGACUUCUUAUAAGACUCAGGCCGAGGAAUAUCACAACUCGUGUAUUCAAGGUGAGGAAGAAUGGGAGUAAAAAUAGAGGUUGAGAGUGUUUUCAGCCACGUAUUGGGUUACGGUCAAGGGUUUCUUCGACGUAAGUUACUGAUCGAAAAUCCUUUCCUAAACCAUGGUUAAUUUUCAAGUUAUACCUUGCUGUCAAGCUUCACAGAUGGAAUGGACUGCAGAAGUCUCAUUUUGCUCCGGGCUUGUUGCUUGUCUACCCGGCGGAAGAAGUAUGGGUCACCGAUAAUCAUCUGUUAAGCCAUUUCUAAAUUUCACUAGUCAUUUCUAAACUAAACAGGCAACGCAGAAGAAUUUAGAACUAGUUGUCGAUGUUUUUUUUCGGAGAUACGUCUAUGGUUGUUGUUGAUGUUCUUUUUUUCAUGUUAUUAAUUUUUUAACAGAACUUCGCGCGCAGAUGCAGAAGUUUUCAGUAAUUUUAGUUCACCUCCCGCCACUUGUGGUGCAGAUAAUAGUCGCUGAUCAGCUCAGGGACUUGGCCAAAGAGAGGAAAGAAUUAGAGGAAGACUAUGAAGUCAGAGUUCAAGAACUAGAGAAAAGAAAGGUAAAGUAACAUAAAAACUGCUCGCGGCUAUCAUAAGAAAUUUACUUGAUCGCUGACAGCGUACCGUACUUCACAGUAGUUGCUAGCUUUCAUUGUCUUGCUUUUGGCAGGUCUGCCCUCUUUCCUUAUCCAAGAAAUCUCCUAAGAACCAUACGAAAAGGAAAAUUUAAGCUCGCUACACGAGCUGUGAACAUGUAGAACUAGAGUUAAAUGUAUCAUUUAGCCAUUCCCCCUCCUCCCCUGUUUGCUGUUGUUAUUGAUCUCUUUUUUCCUUGGGAGAAAUGUUUGUGUGACGAGUGAUAUUCAUUUGCUCGCAUGUUUUGCAGAAUUUACAUCAAUCUCAACUGCGACCAUCUCUGGGCCAUCCACACAACAGAACCGAGAUGGACACUCUGUGUAGCAGCGAGGAGAGAAGAAGACAAGAAGCCUUGGAUGGAGCUAAACAACAUGCAGAAGCAUUAGCGGUCAGUCAUCAGCAAUCCCUUUGAUGCUCAGUCGUGAUUAGAGCGUGCACAGUUUAUGAUAAAAUCAGAGAAGGUUGCUCAUUUUUAAGCCACUAGCGUGUAAUUUUGUAACUGAGCAAAGAGGAUAGGUAACGAGAGAGGAUCAAGUUUAGAAGAAUAACUUCCCAAUUAAAGACCUCAGGGGUUAUUUCUAAGGUAAGGCUUCACACGGAAGAUCACUUCCGGUUUCUUCGACCUUAGUGGGAUCUGGAAAUAACCAAGCGUGUGCCAUUAAUUUUGCUCACACGAGCAUCCUCUGUGUUGUCUAUUUUUGUUCCACUGAAGUAUUUGCGCAACAAAAUUUUGCUUUUCAGAAACUUGAAGCUCAGUUCGCAAGCUCGUUUAUUGAGAAGCUAGCACAGACAUGUGAGACCAUGUUACUACAGUUUGAUGCUGUUCUCUCUCUUGAAGAUGUCGAAGUGGGAAGUAAGUUGGAUCAAAUUUUAAAAUCUAACUAUUAAAGAAGCCGGAAGAAAAACAAAACAAGGCUGGUUACUGAUUUAUUUAUUCUCCAACUUACAUGAACUGCUUUGGUUUUUACAGAGGUCGAACCCAAACCGAAGAGCACCAAGAGAUUGCUCAGAGAAAAAUUAGCCGGUGAUGAGGACGGAAAAGGUAUAAAAAUAUAUAUAUAUAUAUAUUUCUUAAGCGUAUAUGCGUAAAUAUGAAUAUGCUUAAAAUAAACCUAUCGUGAAUCAAAGUUUAGUUGUUGGAUAGAAAAAUCAGAACCUCAGAUUUUGCUUUUGAUGAUGGAGUAUGUUGUUGCAGAUAAGUUGGCGCCUUUCCCGUCUGGUGGUACAUCUUGGGAAGGACUGCCAACGAACGAACUUGUGCUGGAAGAACCGAUUGACAAGAAGAAUAAUAUCCUUUAUUUAUCUUAAACUAGACUGGUCAAGUUAUUAUUUUUUUCUUUUUUAUAGUCAGGCUCUUGGAGCAUGCAUGAGCUUUGUAUUUUUGAUUGGAGGUUACUUUUUAAUUACGGAAAUAUAAGUGGUCAGGAAGGACUUACUGUUAAUACCUCAAAAAGUACCUCACUGUUUUAGUAGUACGAGAAACGCACAGAAAACGGAGGAGGUUUUUGUUUGCUCGUUUUAAAUUCUUCACCGAGUAAGGGGGGGAAACCAAGUAAAUCAUUAAUUAUGCAUUAUGUUAGCUUUUUCGCGCUGUUAGUUUUAACACUUAGCACUGUUCUGUACAGAAAUGUAGUGUGAUUGAUUGAAAUACGACUGUAAGUGGUGAGCGUCAUGAAAAGCGGUUAUGUAUUUUCUCUUUCAUCUGUUUGAAACUUGGAAGAAUAAACAGAAAUUUUUCUUUAACUCUUAAUCACGAACCCCUACUGUAAAGACUGUUAAGACAACGCAAGGACACCUAGCUGUGAUAAAAUCGCGCAACAAAGCAUAUGAGGUAAGACUUGAUAUGAUAUUGCAGGGGAUCACAAAAGUAUAAGUCAACAAUAUUGUUAUAGCAUCUACGAUUAUUAAUUGCUCAGUUCGGCGUUAGAGUGUUCAGUUUUGAUUGGAACAUAGCCUUGUAAAACUGGUUGAGGCUAUUUCCAACCACGACAGUCCCUGUUCUCUGUCACAAAGGCUGUUAUUUGGACAGUUUGACGGUUUCAGCGGAGGUCAUUAUCAGGUUGUCAAGACGUAUGUUACCGUCAUCGACUAAAUCUUUCUUCGAGACCGUUCCUGUCGAUCCUUUCAAAGUGAAUAUGUUACUAACUCGUUGGUAUUGGUUGGUAUCGUUCAAAUGAGUCAUGUUUUAACGUUUGUAUUAUUUACGUCCUGCAGGGUUACAAAGAAAAGUUUGAUGCUCGACUGACAGCCAUACGAGAAGAAAUGAAUGCACAGAUACAAAACGAAGAACGAUGGACGCGAAGUUGGCAACGGUCAAUCACCAAAAUAAAAGAACUCUAUUAAGAUGGUUUCCUCCAGGAAUGGUCGAUUUGAGUUUGUAUUUUAGAACAGUUUGUUUGUAAAAGGUUUUGUUUGACACUGCCCAAAAGAUGAGUGAGCAAUUAAAGUGAAAAAAAAUACGCAAUCAAAAGGAGAAACGUCAUGGAGGAUGUAAAAAAAGUUAACCAGAAGUUUUCGAGCUUGUCAUUCAUUAUUGCUGUCUAUUUUCAUCAUCCUUAUCCAUGUACGGUCCUCCUUGUUUUCCUCUUACAUCUCUGACGUUUAUCUCCAAACUAAACUUUUUAUUCCAAGAUCUACUCCUUUCGCUCAAAUUAUCAAGGCCACUUUCAGUACUUUUCUUUCAGAAUAAGCUUUAUUUG